AGGCUAUCAGCCCAACUCCCCGCGAAAUUUCGAACGCCAUCUUGCAAAAUGACAGACGAAAACUUGCAAAAUGACAGACAAAAACUCGCCAUCUUUGAGUCCAAAAACAGGUUGUUAUUCGUAGCUAGCUAACUGCGGGUUUGCAGCACAAUGGCAACUAGUUUAGUCGAGAGAAAAGAGGAUGGAAACUCAACAGAAGAGCUGAGUAAGGCGCACUAUUUCCCAUUUCCAUUCCCGCCUUACGACAUUCAGGAAGAAUUUAUGGCAGAGCUCUACAAAGUUCUGGAGAAAGGUGGCGUUGGGAUAUUUGAGAGUCCGACAGGAACGGGAAAAUCCCUCAGUCUUAUCUGUGGUGCCCUGACUUGGCUUCGGGAUCAUGAGGCCAAAAAGGAGAAAGAAUUAUCGAAGGUUUCUGAAAGCAAAAGUGAAAAACCUGAUGACACAAGAUCAAAUGAUGACAGUGGUUUGCCUGAUUGGGUAAUUGAAUUCGGUGAAAAGAAAGCAAAGCAGGAGAAGGAAGAAAAGAUUAGGGAGGAACAAGAAAAAUUAGCAAAACAAAAAGCCCAUCUUGAAAAAGUGAGAUCAUCUUCAAAGCCAAGCUUCGUCUUUGCCGGUAAAAGAAAGCAUAGUGAAGAUAUUGGUGGAGAGGACAAGGAUAGGGAGAGCAAAAUUGAAGGAGAGAUUGAUGCACUCCUGGGAAAGGUCAAACCAACUGAUCCUGAUGCUGAUAUUGUGGUGGCUGAGUACCAUAGCGAUGAUGAAAAUGAUGAGGAAAAUGAGAGCUUAGAUGAGGAUGAAAUUCACUGUAUCAAGAUUUACUAUUGUAGUCGAACCCAUUCACAACUUGCCCAGUUCACACGAGAAGUUCAAAAGAGUCCAUUUGGAGAGUCCACAAGACUGGUCACACUUGGUUCAAGACAGAACCUUUGCAUCAAUCCUGAUGUUAAAAAGCUCAAGUCUAUCAACCAGAUUAACGACAGAUGCUUAGAACUACAGAAAAAUAAGAAAGAAUGCACUGAGAGCAAGAAAGAAAAGGAUGGAAAAGUCACUAAAAAGAAGAAGACGACCGCUGGAUGUCUCUACCGAGACUACCGUCAAAUGCAAUCUUACCGAGACCAAGUACUGGUUGAGGUCAGGGACAUUGAGCAGCUGGUAUCACUAGGAGAGAACCUCAGCGCAUGUCCAUAUUAUGGCACUCGUCUUGGAAUACCCGCCGCACAGGUGGUCUGUUUGCCGUACAAUCUACUGCUACAUAAGUCCACGCGUGAAGCAUGCGGCAUCAAGCUGGAGAAUAAUGUGGUCGUUAUUGACGAGGCUCAUAAUCUACUCGAGACUAUCAACAAUAUCCACAGCGUGGAGGUCAGCGGUGCACAGAUCUCCUGCGCUUUCUCUCAGCUCUCACAGUAUCUGCAGCGUUACAGAUCUCGGCUUAAAGCAAAGAACUUGAUGUACAUCAAGCAGCUUUUAUACAUUCUCUCUCAUUUCAUCACCUGUCUUGGAGGUAAAGCGCCAGGUGGUAUUAAAACUUCAAGUAACGAAAAUGGUGCAUUUAAACCAGUCCAAGGAGACGUCCAACUGAAAAGCAUCAAUGACUUUCUCUUUAUGGCGCAAAUCGACAAUAUGAAUCUGUUUAAGGUCUGCAAAUAUUGUGAACGAAGUAUGAUUUCUAAAAAGCUAAAUGGCUUUGUUGACAAAUACAAGGAUGAGCUAUCCGACCCAGAUGCCCGUGUUACGGAGGAGUCCUAUCAAAGCUUCACGUCCCCUCUCAAGUUCAUUGAGAACUUCCUUGAGGCGCUGACCAAUGCGGACGAAAAUGGGCGUGUGGUGGUGAGCAAGCAAAACAGGCGUGCCGCAUCGUCUGUCAAGUUUCUUUUGCUGAACCCCGCUGUUCACUUCACCAGUGUGGUAAAGGAAGCCCGCGCGGUCGUGGUGGCGGGUGGUACGAUGCAGCCUACUUCCGAGUUCAAGAAUCAGCUGUUUGCGUGUGCCGGGAUAUCCGCUGACCAAGUUCACGAGUUCGCCUGUGGCCACGUGAUCAAACCCGAGCACCUCCUUGCGAUCGCUCUGGAUAAGGGACCUUCAGGAACCUCACUAGACUUCACCUACCAGACCAGGGACACUCCACAACUGAUAGAAGAGUGUGGCCGCGUGCUGAUCAACACAUGCGCAGUUAUUCCCGGUGGAGUGGUUUGUUUCUUCCCUUCUUUCGACUAUGCUCAGAAGGUCUAUACACAUUGGCAACAGAAAGGCAUCUUGGACAAGCUGAAUUCUAGGAAAAAGGUUUUUCAGGAACCGCGCAAAGCGGGCCAAGUCGAGCAAGUGUUGGCUUCAUAUUCCACCCAUAUCAAGAAGUGCAUGGCCCAGGCUGAACAAGAAGGGAAGGCUGUUCUCAAUGGUGCAAUUCUGUUAUGUGUGGUGGGUGGGAAAAUGAGCGAAGGAAUUAACUUUUCCGAUGAUUUGGGAAGAUGUGUAGUUAUGGUGGGGUUACCGUAUCCAAAUAUCAACUCUCCAGAGUUGAAAGAGAAGAUGAAAUACCUGGACUCCACUGUGGGGCCAAAAGCAGGCCAGGCUCAUUAUGAAAAUUUGUGCAUGAAGGCAGUCAAUCAGUCCAUAGGUCGUGCUAUUCGACACCGUCAGGACUACGCCACGAUAUUACUACUGGAUCCACGAUACAACACUCAUAGAGUCAGCGGUAAACUGCCAGGCUGGAUCGCGAGUCGUUUGCAGCACCAUGCGCGGUUUGGCCCCGCCUUCGGCACCAUCCGCAAGUUCUUUGUGGACAAGCGGUCGCCCGCUGCAAGUAUCACAAACGUUUCACCCUGAUUAAAGAUUCCAGAGACAAGAUGUACGGAAAAAUUAGACAGUACAUACAUAAAAGGCAACAUUUGACGAAAAGGGGACAAGUCCUCUGCCCUAGGUACGCGACUACGAGCCUCUUGUACCCUGGAUACCAGUCCUCUUCCCUAGGUACGCGUUUACGGGCCUCUUGUACCCUGGGUACCAGUCCUCUGCUUUAAGUACGCGACUACGAGCCUACUGUACCCUGGGUACUAGUUUUCUGCCCUAAGUACAGGACUACGAGCGUUUCGUACACAAUUUGUUUUCCUCCAAUAUGAGGAUCUUUCCGCACGAAAUGUUCCCGUAGAACUUUCAGACUAUCUUGGUGGUGAUCAUUUGAUGAGUGCGGUAAACUCGCGUUUCCCAUCAAUACCGUAAAUUGUUGUUCAUGGAAAAAAAGUUUACAUGUUAACGAAUGUUAACUGGAUAUUCAAAGUGGCUCUUGUGAACUUAUAAAAUGCCCUCAAUAUUACUGAGGUAGACUUUAUAUUUGUCAUUUGGCUCAUACAUUGGACGUCAAUAGGUGCCUCGAAUGUAUGUAAAUAUAAAAUGAUUGUAGUUGUUAAGGUCCUUGGAAAUAUGUUCGGAAUUGUAUAAAAAAUGAGGAAAAAAAUAACAGUCAAUUCGCA